AUGUGCAAAGGACUGGACAAGACAUGGAUAAAAGCGGGUCCUCAAAGUCAUCCAGGCCUUUUCUCCGUAUUCAAUACACCAGUCGGCGCCUGCGGCACCACCUAUAGGUCCCAUUACACUCCAAAGACCAGGCCGCCCGAAGAUAUAGGUAAUGAUGCUCAUCCAGACUGCUACCAGAAUGUCCCAUUUUCACAUAAUUUUCAUGAGAUGCAGCUUACUACUGUUAAUGUUCGUACAACAAAGUUAACUUUGUCAGAAGAUAAUCUUAGUUGGCCGCAAAUGACCGGAAUUGAGGUCAAGGUUAAGGGAAAUUCGGAACUACCCUAUUUUUUAUAAUAAAACGAACAACGUCGGGUGGGAUAUGCGCUGGCUGCAGUAUCUUUCACAUUUACCAUCCAUAUGGUUUCUGAUUAGACUAUAAACAUCAAGUUUGAAAAAUAAUAAGAGACUUUCAAUUUUCGCACGACAGUAAUCGUGCGGUACUCUUAAGACUGAUUCUGCGUGCCGCGUCAGUAGUUGCACCCAAACCAACCUGCAGUCCCGGGAGAAAUAGGGGUCAGUCUAACUCGGACUGAGAUGGUAGCCACCUCACUGGGCACUUCUCCUUACGUUCUUUGGCGUACUUUCAAACGCGAAAACAGCAUUACUGAUAAAGUCAAGAGGAAUGGAAUGACUAUUUUGACUUGUUAGCUGACAGCAGUCAGAAAUACCCAACCCCACGGUAUGCAACCCCCGAAGUCCUAACUCGCGGGCUGUUGGUCAGAAGCCCAACACUGCAACUAUCGAGCAACGAGCUCAUCAUUCUGUCGGUUGUCUCAUCGGUUAGGAUGUUGGAUUUCCAGACAACAGGCUUCGAUCUCCAGUCUUAGGGGCCGUUUAUCUCAGUGUUGACUGUAACCGACUGAUGACGGCCAACAAGCUGGAGAUGACCAUUCAAGUCUUCCUUGUCUUUGUCGGCAAUGCUAUUCUGCCCAUAUCACGCGCCUCUGUGAGGCUGUUGACUCGGGUUACCUGACGGCCUAGUGCCACGCCUCUAACCAUUGGGCCACAGAUUCGUUGUCCUGUCGGUUUCUAUCGGGAAUAUACACUGGUAGAGGGACGUUCACCGAUCGUCCUUACAUGUCGCGAGUUCGAGUCCCAAGAGUUUCACACCUUGGGGUUGGUUACGACUAACUGACGACAGCCAAUGAGCCAGAACUGGUCAUUUCAGUCUUCCUUGUCUUUGUCGGUCAUAAGAUUCUGUCUAUAUAAUGCGCCGCUGUGCGGCUGCUGAUUGAACUCGAGAGAGAGCCCACAAGAGCACAACGGAACGAGGGAGUUCCGUAAGAAUAAUCGUUGAGCACCCCUCUGCCAUUAAAGAUGGUUUGCGAAUUCGUUCACCCGAAGGCUCUCCUGGAUACCUCCCUUGGGAAAUUAUGACUGUGAAUGGUGUUUUCAUUCCUGUUCCUUUGCUGUUGGCUUAGAAGUUCUCGAAACGGAAGUCCAGAAAAGCGAAGUUAUUCGUUUCCAGCAUGGGCCUGUGUCUAUCAAAAUUCUGGCGAGAUUCAUGAACAGCUGGAGCGUAGGCCCGGGGAGCAAACCUCUCCAACUAAAAUCUCCGUUAAUUACCUGACAGAUUUUCCGCACCACCUCCGGUGGUCUUCGCAGACAGCGAACCUGGACAUGGAGUUUUUGGGUAUCAGAUUUUAUUCGUCACUUAGCAAAUUUAAGUGACAGAGAGAGUGAGCGAUAUAACAGUGUAGCGUUGGUACUUCUUUGAAAAUCUCAAACUCUUUGUGCAUGCUUUCGAGGAUCUAUAAUCGACAUUUUUGUGGGGGGGGAGCUCAAGGUUUUUGUCAUUCGAAUCCUCUUUUGAGAAGAAAAACCGUUUUUGCUGUUUGGUAUGCUAUGGCCUUCUAGACUAUGUCCCAUACACUUACAUGAACACUGCUGCCUGCUUUAACUCGUAGGGGCCAAGACGAAACACAGAAGUCAUGAAAUUCGCGCGGCAGUCAAGUACGUCCUGCGUACACUUUUUAGCCUUUAAUCUUCUGUUUUCUUUUUUCCCUUGUACCUUCCUUUAGUACGUUUUGCCGGGAGGUUUGUGAACUAUUUUGUCAACUCGUGUCGUUUUGGCCUUGAAUAAUAUUUGCCAUAGAGGCGGAACACUGACUGAGUACCGGUGGUUGAAUAGCAUUUUUAAAUAAAAGGUCUCUUACUUACACAAGUCGUAUGUUAGUUAGGCGUGUUACCUGUCGGAGAAGACGGUAGUCUCAUAGCCUUCCCUGCGAUUAACAAUCUAAUAUAUACUCUUAUUUGUGUGUGUCCUUCCCUUACCUACGCAGUUCUCUGUCGGUAGACCUAACUGGGAUGAUGACACUCUAAUAUCGAUCAAUGAUUUCCUAAUACAAAUCCACUCUGAUCGGGUAGUCAGACUGAAAAACGUCUUUUCGGCAUUUCUCGAGAGAGUGGGCGAAUAGGUGUCACAAUAAUGGGGCUUAGUCAGUUAACGUGUGCGCCUGUCCUUUUUCUCACCCUCCUAGGAAAGAAAUUGAAGCCGAAGAACAGAAACUGACGUUUCCGACAGACUAUCGGUCCCAGACCACUGUUGACUUUUUCAAUAACCCCGUUCCUGCCAAGCCCAAAAGAAGUCGAAGGGUGAGUUCGUACAUCACUGUUUGCCUGCAUGGAACACAUACAGUGGGUGGUCUAACUCAUAAACUAUGAUCAAAAUUUUAAUGGGUAGUGUGGCAUACAUUUGAUGUUGUUAUUUUUGCAUGUUGAUUUGACUGGAGGUAAACAAGGACUUUUAUUUAAGAAGAAUUCAUUUCAAAUUUAUUUUAUCGAAAGAAGACAGGCAAGGUUUGGGCGAAAACAGACGUUUUGUAAUAUCCAACCAAUUUCCAAAGCCUCUUGUGUAUGAUUCGCGAAAAUCCCCAUGGCAGUGCUCGGAAGACAUGUUAGCAAGCACACGUUAACUUUUAAUAAAUUAUCCUGGGAUGCAGUCAAACAUCUCAUUGGUAAGAAAGUCAAUUAAAGCUAUAUUUGAAAUCACGAGCGGGGCGAGAUCAGAAGGCCGCGGAAAGUCGCAUCUGGUUAGACAACCUUCGACCAAGGUAAGCGCCGAGCCUAUAUGAGAAUCUUCUGCGCGCACAAGCUCGGCACAAGUUCCAGACGCAUCCUCUGUUGCUAACAGACGCUGGUCCAGUAGCUCAGGAUAACUAGCGUCCGUUGGCAACAGCGGAGACGGCCGCAAUCAGGUUACGACCGUCGGCCAUUUAGGCACUCACCGUGUUCAAAGGCAGACUAACCACGUACAACUUUCCGCGCCCUUUCGUCUUCGUCUCGCCUGUGUUUUAAAUAUAGCUCUAAUCGACUUUCCAGUCGCUGAAGUGUUUGACGGUACCCCGUUUCGAUAUAAUUGUACUGGCCUGAGGAGAAUUUAUCGAAAGAAAACCUAGGCUCGCCAACUCGUCCUCCUGUUUAAAUGCAUUGUACUAUAGAAGAAAAUUAAUACGGUAAUGAUGGGCCGCGAUCAGUAUUCUAUUUUGGUGGGCGUAAUUUUAACCUGAAAAUAUACGUCAUGCAAGGACUUGUCGAAUCGUGCGUUGUAUAUCCGGGUCUUAAAGGCCACUAGAAAAAGCGUCGAGAUCUUAUUUCGUAACCGUACCUGUUAGGGUUAGCGUUUAGGUUUAAGAGUUAAGGGUAAGGGGUUGGGGCUAGAGGUUAUGCUUAGGGGUUAGGGUUAGGGAUUAGGGUUGCACCCCCUAUUACAACUGGUCUCGCAUGACAGGCGGCUAAGGCUUGUUUACUGCAGGCACGGCUACGAAAUAAGAUCCGACCAAAAAACCCAUUAACCUACUACUAUUCCGGAAAAGACUUGGGUUCAGUAAAAAGGACCAUCGAAGGACAAUUUGGUUUUCCGCACAGGCCAAAACGAAACGCCCGUAUUUUGUCCCGAUCAACCCUUCUGGCAUCGUAUGUCAUUGCUUGCAAAACUUGCCGGACACUGAUGGCUCCUCUGUCCACGGUCGCCUGCAGGGACCCAACGCAAAACGGAAAUGCCUGUUUGUCUUCGGCAACCCGACCAGAUCGAUAAGCCUCUGUCUCGCAGCAGCAGCCCAACUGACAGAUUGUUGAGCUGAAUGGCCGAUCAGAGCCGGGCUCAGCGUUCAAGUGCUUCCGGCUCAGGAUUAAGGUGUAACUGACUGUGGGCAACGAAUGGGCAAUUAAAGGCCGGUCCAGCUCCCGUUGACCUUCUUGGAAGUUGUUUACAAUGCUACUUUGAGGAAUUUAUGUCCCUCUUCAAAUGCUGUUUAACUGCAACCACAAAUAUAGGUGGCGCUAGGAAGUCAAGCACGAGAGUACUGAAGUAAAGAGCAUGUAUUUGUAAGUAGCGUAAAUAUUUCUAGUUUAAUAUGUAGGCUGCUAGCUAAGAGUGCAACAGGCCAUACGCAGACAACUGUUUCACGGUCGUUACCGAUCAUCAGUACGCCGUAGACCCUAUGUAUUAUACGUGGUAUGUGUUCUAUGACAGCCUUCGUUGUCGCCAGUAGCUAGCUGGCGGGCGGACAGUAAGAGAUAGAGUGAGAUCCUGACCGCAACUAUGAGGUUCACACGCCUACUUGACCUAGUUCUAGUUUAGCCGACGCCCAUCAUUACUGGGCCUAACAUUCCGCCGUAUCAAAAUCAUUUAUACUCCCCGCAAAGGCUUCUAGACGCACUGACUUUUACCCGCUGACGGCCACAGCCGUCCAUGCUCCACUUGAGCAUGUCCCAAUCCUGAGCUAAUUCAACACAGAUACAACUUGGAAGCAAGACACUCGAAUCUGCUCUUAAAAAGAUAAAAGCGGUUAAGACCCCCUGUCUAACUCUCGGACACGACUUCGAUAGUUCCACCGCCGUGACCGUCGAUGUCCACCGCGCGCUCCACAACAGGAUUAGGGUAGGAACGGUGACUUGCGCGUGAUUUCUUCUAUAUUGGUAGUAGGUCUGCGCAGCAUUUACCACACUCUCUCCUCCUCCUCCUCCCCAUUUGGGCCCAAGACAUAGUCAAAAAGACUGGGGUUGGAAGAGGGCACAGGGGACUGGCACGGUCGGCUUCGCAUCUACAGUAGGUGUGCUAACUCAUGAAAGGUUAGCCGAAAUUCUGAAAAGCGUUUUCGUUUCGAAAAGAUUACUUAAGUACGGCUGCAAAAUUAACCAUCAUACAGCAUAAUUCUAUAAUAAUUCAGUCACCUCAGGAUGCCGGCCUCCGAACGGACUUUGUCCCGGCCACAUGCAUAAACCAUGCUCUGUAAAAAUGACUACGCAAGUAGCAUGAAUUUUAUUUAUUGGUUUUCGGCGCCCUUUAAAAUUCAAUUAUAUUUCAUAGAAAUCAUGCUAAAACUAUUCCUUCUUUUACUCAUUUGGUAGAAAAUUACUUCUUCGAAUCCUGUACUGAAACAAAGGGUAAAAGUUUGUUUCCAAAACUUCCAGUUCCCCAAUAAUUUUGAACACGACCUGCCGUUACGCUUGCAUUCAGGGCUUCCAAACUACAAGCCGUAUAUUUUCGGCGAACAAAUUUAUUCAGGAUUUGGAAAUAUUUUUAAAAACCAAAUUAUAUCCUUCCUUCAAGCAUUAAAUUAGAAAGAGAAGUAAUUUCCUACCGAAUGAGUUAAAGGAGGAGUAUUUUUGCAUAUUUUCCGUGAAAUAUAAUUGAAUUUUUAAGGGCAUCGAAAAUCGAUUAAAAAAGCUCAUGAUACUUAAGUAGUCAUUUUUUACAGAGUAUAGUUCUUGCAUGCUGCCGGAAAGAAAUUCGUUCGAAAGCCAGCCUCCCGAGGUAACUGAAUUAUGAUAGAAUUAUGCUUCAGGGUGAUUAGUUUUCAAACCCUACUUAAGUAAUCUUUUCGAAACGAAAAGGUAUUUCAGAAUUUCGGCUAACAUUUCGUGAGUUAGCACACCUACUGUAGACGUACCACCACACCCCCUGAUCCACAACAAAUGCUUGACCAGGAUUUUAACCAACAACAACAACAACACCAAUAGGAAGGGGGCGGCAAGUAUCCAAAAGUGCGCGGCAUGAGUCCGAAACUGGGCCUGCCACCAUACUCUCGAAUGUUGGCAUCUGUUAUGGGUACUCAUUUCCGAUGACACUUGCCAGAAUUCGCUGUGAACCCUGCCCCGGCCCAGCGCAUAUAGGCCCUACAGUCUCUGGCAUGACUCGACCUCACCAGCACUCGCACUGGUCUCGCCUGCGGCCACUACUGUUUUGAACAGAAACACGGUGUUCUGUACACCAUAAAUCCCUCUCUCUGAUGUCUCCUAUUUUAUCUUGUUACUUGGAGUCUGACUUUGCGAUUGUGGCGCAUUAAGUCUGCUCACUACAUUUGCCAGAAUGGUAAUCAAUGAUAUAUUAUUGAUAAAAACAUUUAAUGGAGAUUUUUCAGACGUUAACUCCUCGCAAAUGAUGGCUACCUCAGACUGUCCUCUGAAUGCGAAGAAGACGGGGCUACACAUUCGCCUAGCCAUGCGAUUUCUUUUAAAUAUAACCAUCAAACUUCCUAAAAUUUUAGUUUAUGUGUGAACUCGCGACAGAACAGCCCGUGACGUUUUGGACGGACCAUUAUUCAAAGCUCCAUGUAAGAUGUAUUUCUGUACUUUUUUAAAAAUUUCUAUCGAAUAUCUCUAAGCAAUUAUGUGAAGCUAAGCUGCUCUAUUCUGAAAAAGGGUACUCAAGAUUGCGGUCUCUACUUUUCUUUUGCGGCCAUUUAUCUUCGUCGGAAAUGUUUGAUUUCUGCAGCUCUCGAAAUUGCGUAAUUAAUAUCUUUUCCGUCUGGCAGUAACAUGACGUCAGGUUGUCAGAAAGGCAGUCUUUUGUUGAAAUUUGCCUGAUGCGGGUAUCUAGGAUGACAUGGGUGUUCUAUGAGGUGAUGGCUACUUAGGCUAAACAGGAUCCUACGUGAAGUGCAGUUAAAAUAACCGCUCUAUAUAUGUAUGUAUUGCCGGAUCAAUAUCUGAUUUAAAGAGUCGCAUGUACUUCGUUUCUGUCGGACAGACAUGUCAGGUUCUUCUGGUCCGGGAAGUCAGGACUGAAAGUCGUUGUGACGAUUGCAUACUGGAGAUGUCCCAUCACGCGCAAGAAGGUCGACCAGUAGCAGUCCUGGACAUCUAGGUCGAACAUCAUAAACGCUUUGGGGCGGGUAGGAGAGUGAUUUAAACAAAAGGACAGGAACUCAGUGAGAAUGAAACGUGUGAACCCUUUCAAACGUCCUCAUCCAGGCGACCAGAAAUUAGUAUUAUGCUUCCUCUCUCCCUUCCAAUAAACGUUUGGCCUUCAACCUCGUCAAAACAAAUAACGAUCAUAAUUUUUCGCCAUGCAGCACUAAAUUACCGAUUGGAAAAACACGGUAAACGGAGUUAUGAUUGUGUGAGUGAGAGUAUGGCGACAGACUCGUCUCGAUUCCAUAGGAAGUAGACGGUCGAGUGAGUAAACACCGUGCAGGAAUCUCUAGAGUCUGGCUGCCUCGCUGUCAUUCUUCAGCGGAUGACAGCGUUGCGCAAUCCAUGUAUCAGCCUAGUUUGGAUGAGUAAGAGCAGCUCUCAAAGGAACAAACUUGCAUCUGUCGUUUAGGGAGAAUUGUUGGAGUUAAUGGCCAAGGACCUGACGAACGACCUCCUUCAGAACUGAUCGACAUCCUAACACCGUCACCAUUGUUCGGAACUCAUCGUUUAUACGUUUCUACAGGUCGUUAGUUGCUGAUAGAAGCGAACAGGCGAGUCCCAGGUAGCAGUUCAGAAGAUGAAGAUGCGAUCACUGGGACAAGAAGUUUAUUUGCCUGACGUUUCGGAUUCUUACUCGAACCCAUCAUCAGAUACAUUCGCAGAUAGAGGUCUAUCCGCGAAUGUCUCUGAUGAUGGGUUCGAGUAAGAAUCCGAAACGUCAGGCAAAUAAACUUCUUGUCCCAGUGAUCGCAUCUUCAUCUUCUGAGGUCGUUAGUUGACAGAACACAAUAAUUAAGAGCUAAAGUCACUUCCAUUGUUUUCUUUGAGACCAACCCCCUCACCUGUUUUAUGUUAAGCGGCCAUUCAGGGGAUGUUAGGAUAUUUUUAAAUUGUAUAUGUUUGCUUUGUCGCGAUUGGUUAGUGAGAGAGAAGGGAAGCGGGUCCCGAGAAUAAACUCUGCUCUGUCAGCUUAAGCAACAGGCUAAACUCGCCUUAUUAAUUUGACUUAUCACGGUCCUGAAAUAUUCUGACCCCUGGCAUGUUGAUUGUAUAUUGUUUGUUUCUUGCGCGACGAACCCUCGUGGAAAAUCCUCGAGUGGUUGGCCGCUCAUGAUCAUGACACCACUUUUCUUUUGUCUCCUUUGACAAUAUUCUUAUGAGCUUAACACGUUGAUCCUUACUUAGACCGCGUUAAUACGUAAAAUAGUUUAUUAAAGGAGUGAACGGCGAGGACUGAGUAUGUAAGCCGACUGAGUAAAAAGAGCAUAGCUUCUCCUGUAAUACGGGAACCAUGUUAAUAUUAGUUUAAUCAGCAGCGCAGAUAGACGCGGCAAUUAACUGCAUCUGUAGAAGGCAGUGAAAAAACUCGCACUUCUGCCGUGUUUUUUUAUUACUUCAAUCAGGCGCCGCAACAGACAGCACAGUUUGAAAGAUGCAAGUGAGAGUUGUGUAAAAGGGCGGCAAACAGGUAAUCCAAGGUUAUAUGUCAAAGAAAGCUAAACUAGGAAAACGGUAUUUGGCAGGCGAACACGACAUUGCUCCUAACCUCAACCCUAACUCUUACCUCGAAUGGAAUCAUUUUCAUAAGUCGUGCCCAAACUACAUCCCCUAAAUCAAGUAGGUAAGUAUGUCAUAGUAAUGGAAAACUAGAGGUUGCACAUCCACUCACCGUCUAACGAAUAUUCACGGCACUGCUGUGUGGGGUUUUUGUCUGCGAUAUGUUUCUAAUGAAGUAUGCAGACUUCGUCUCGGAUAAUGCGGACUAAGCUCACUGCGAAACCAUAGAGGAGGUUACCAGACCGCCCGAGAACAAUGGCGAAAGUGGUCUGGACUCGCUUUUCUUCGUCCGUGUCACGAAGUCAGUGCUGUUGGCCGAAUUUGACGUCAUUUCCUAGCAGGAAAUGGCAAAAAGGUUGGCUUUAAACCUAACCUGACAUCCUAAGGACCGGUUAAAUCGAGCAUCAUCACAACUUCAGCAGUUGCAGGUAAGUGAACAAACGCCCAAAUGGAAUUGUGCGCCGAUAGUGGCACCUAUCCACACUUACACAGCCAGUAGUUCAAAUUUGUCCAUCUUUGCCUUGAAUAACGGGAAACAAUAGUAAUGAUAUACUAUAUUGACGCUUGUUAACGUAUUUGUCUUCCUUCAGACCAUCUCGCAGGAUUCAAAACUGGUAAAACCGUUCAGGCGGAACGUGAACUUCUCCACACCCAUCGAGUACAAAAUGGAUGCCCCUCAACCCUACGAGAUGAAGGGAUACACCUCAAUGCAGUUUAAAUAG